AUGGAGGUCCGUCGACCCAGCGACACCACCAUGACUUCCAGCUCCCUUAUCUCCACCGUGGCCCUUCAGUCCACCAGCUCCACUGGGCUCCCUCAUCUCUCCUGCUCCACAGCGGCCUUCCAGAUCCCCAUCUCCACCUCGGUCACCAGAGCCAUCUGCUCCUCCUUGGCUCGACGGCUCUCUGUCUCCACCUUGGGCUCCACCACUACCUGCUCCGCUGCCACCGGAUGCCCCCCCCCUCGAGUUGUCAGUCCUUCCUCCACCACUGCUCCUACUUCCGUCAGCUCCACCAUGGGUCGCCUUCAUGGCUGCAGCCUGGGGCCCGCUUGGCUCCUUUUUGCACCAAGUCCCCAUGAACACCAUCAGAUCAUCAUGUCAUCAGGAAACAUCAGCUUUGUUAAGGACUUUUUUAUCGUUGGUUUUCCUGGGCUUCAGCCAGGAUACUAUGGUGCAGUGGCUGCUCUGCUGCUUUUUGCCUAUGUGUGUAUCUUAGUGGGGAACGGAAUAUUUAUAGCACUUUUUACUCGAGAAAAAUGCCUUCAUAAACCUAUGUAUUAUAUCAUCUUAAACCUGGUUGUAAGUGACUUAUUAUUCAGCACCACUACCUUACCAAAGAUUUUUGCUAGAUACUGGUUCCAAGAUGGUAGUAUUUCAUUCACUGGUUGCUUCAUGCAGAUGUAUUUUGUGCACUAUUUUGGUUCAGUCAAUUCUGUUAUCCUGGCAAUAAUGGCCUUUGACAGGUACGUAGCCAUAUGUAAUCCCCUAAGAUAUCCUAAUAUAGUAAUAAAGUUGAACAUUUCUCUGUCUUUGGCUUACCUUCUGCCUUACUGUUCAGGAAACAUAAUUAUACACUGUUACUGUGAUCACAUUUCUAUCAAAUCACUUGCAUGCACUAACAGGGCACUGUACAAAGUUCCAACCUUUGCAUUUGCUAUGAUUGUUUUACUCGGUCCCCUGGCCUUCAUAGUUUUCUCUUACUGUGUCAUCAUUGUGGUAGUUUUGCAUAUAUCGAGCACUCAAGGAAGGCUGAAGUCUUUCUCUACCUGCAGUCCAUAUGACAUACGGAUAUCAUCACAAAUUAAAAGAAUAUAA